GUUUUCAGGAAAGGAAGUGAGUGCAUGGUGAGGUGGGGCAGUCUGCCCAAAGCCACACAGAACUUAUGCCCAGGCCUCUCUGACCUGAGCCAGUAAUUGCAAGAAGGCUGAUGAGAAUCGGGGAGAGGGGAGGUGUCUUACCGUGUCCCUAGGGAUGCUGAGUCUGCAGGGACCCCAGCACAGGCUUUCCUCCACUUUGCCUUGCAGUAUCUGGUCCAUUGAUGCAUCUGUCCCAUAGGACUUCUGUCCUCCAACAGGGCCAGGAUGGAUUGCGGUUUGUCAAUCUCCUGGGCAGUUGUCCGGCUUCUCUGCACCCCACUUAGCAUUAGCGCUUCGUUGGGGUGGAUUGUGAUUUUCAUGCUGUGCAAAGGGCUUUGGGAUUCAGGAAGGGAGUUAGGCUGGGCAAAUGAGCCAGCCAGCAACCUUUGAAACGGGUUCCUGAGAUCAUCAAAGUGAACUGUUCAGCUCCGGACCACCUCUGUGCACUGUUCCUGCCCCAGGGCCUGCUGUGUCUCCCACUGUCCAUUCACGGGGUGAAGUCUCAUUCUUGGGCUGAUCCUGAGUAGUGUGCAGCCUGCUGCUUUGGCAGGCAGGCUACCUCAGGCCCCAGUUCAUCCUUUUUGUACCUUGCUGCAGUCACCCCUGCCCUUCAAUGGAUUCUUCCCAGACACUGUUUUGUUGUUCUUCUUCUUUUGUUUUCUCCUGUUGAGGGUCUUGUAUUGUCCAGUCUAUCCCUGAACACCUGAGUUCAAAUGAUUUUGUUCCUCCUGCUUCAGCCUCCUGAGAAGCUUCAACUAUAGGCAGACAUCAGUUCUUUCCUAAGAGCUGGUUCCAUAUUUCUACCAGCUUCCCUACCACAGAGGGCCCAGUGAGCAGCACUCUGACCCCAGCUCUAGCUCAGUGGCCUAUGCCAGGAACCAUCCCACUCUGACCCCUCCCCACACCUCUUCCCAGUGCAGCCCCCAGCCCCUCCUGUUGCCCCUCUCUAUUUUCCCACCAUCUCACCUGAUUAAGGCUUAUUAUCGAGUUUCCCAUCAUGCUCCCCAAGAACGCUUGUUGCUCAGAAGCAGGCAGAAAUGGUCUUUGGUCUCUGUCACGUGCCCAGGACAUGGAUGAGCACCCAGCAGAUACUCAGUGGGUUUGUUGGUUGGUUGAAUGAAUGAAGGAGUGCCAGAGCAAGCAAAUUUGAACAAACACACCAGCCCCUGACAGGGGGCCUUCAGCCAACUGCCUGAAAACCAGUCUCUCCCCUGCCCUUCCUAGCCUUCGCCGUGGAGCUUGAAACUGGGCACGCUGGGGACCAUGCAGAGGGCUGGGGCCGGGGCCCGAAGGGCCUCUGACUGUGGGCCUGCACCUUACCGGCCCAGGUGCAUUGCCAAGUUUGCCCAGUACGUGGGCUCCUUUCCUGUGGAUGAUUUGGACACUCAGGAGAGUGUGUGCCUCGUACAGCAGCAGCUGUGGGCCCUGCAGGACUGUUCCCGACGUCGGGCUGUCAUCCUGAAAUUCAGUCUUCAGGGUCUCAAGAUCUACAGUGGAGAGGGAGAGGUGCUCCUCAUGGCCCAUGCUCUGAAGCGUAUCCUCUAUGCCACCUGGUACCCAGCCACCUGCCAGUUUGCUUUUGUUGCCCGGAACCCGCACAGCCCAGCCAGCAAGCUCUUCUGCCAUCUCUUUGUGGGGAGCCAGCCUGGAGAGGUUCAUAUCCUGUACCUGCUGCUCUGCCGCUCCUUCCAGCUCGCUUACCUCUCACAGCACCCUGAGGAGAGGGCACAGCCUGAACCCUGCCUGGCCCCUGUAGGGGACAUGUCCCCAAAGCCACUCUGCAGUCCUGGGGUACCCCUUGCCCUAGUGCGGGAGCCCUUCAGCCGGGAUCAGCUGUCUCAGAAUGUCCAUGCCCUGGUCUCCUUCCGGCGGCUUCCUGCAGAAGGGCUACUGGGCAGUAACGGGAAGGAGCUGCCAGAGCCAGAGGGCCGUGGGAGCACCCGUCACACUCGCCUGGGGAACCCCUACUGUUCACCCACACUGGUGCGGAAGAAGGCCAUUCGCAGCAAGGUGAUCCGCUCUGGGGCCUACCGAGGCUGCACCUAUGAGACACAGCUGCAGCUGUCAGCCCGGGAAGCCUUUCCUGCUGCAUGGGAGGCAUGGCCCCGUGGCCCUGGUGGCCCCUCGUGCCUGGUGGAGAAUGAGGGAAGCCUGACAGAGAACAUCUGGGCCUUUGCUGGCCUUUCCAGGUCCAGUGCUCUUGCCUUGCUGCGGAGAGAUGUGCACGGAGCCUUCCUGCUGUGGCCAGAGCCAGGUACCAGCGGCCAGUGGAGCCUGUCUGUACGGACCCAGUGUGGUGUGGUGCCUCACCAGGUCUUCAGGAACCACCUAGGCCGCUACUGCCUAGAGCACCUGCCAGCGGAGUUCCCCAGCCUGGAGGCCCUGGUGGAGAGCCACGCUGGGAUGGAGCGCAGCCUCUUCUGCCCACUCAGCAUGGGUCGUCUCAACCCUACCUACGAAGAGCAGGACUGUGGUCCUGACGGCAGGUUCCCACGGACUCUGCGGCCCCUCAGCCAUGCCAAGUCUGAGGCAGAACUGCAAGGCCUGGGCUAGGACACAGCAAGCUCUCAAUCCCCUGUGGGCCCUUGGGUGGCUGAGGUCAUUCUGCCCUUCCUGCACCCCAUCCACUGGUCACCAGCUCCAAACAGGUCAAUUUGCCCCUCAGUGGUCUUCCAUCACUUCACUGCCAUUGGAGAGGAGCCCUGAGGCUGGAGGUGGAGAUAACAGGACCUCUCUCAGGACCUGGGGCCAGCUGUGAUACCAGGAUGAGCAGGUAGAGCCAUGGGGGUAACUCUAGGUGACUUUGGGGAGUGACCAUUGCCAGGUUCUUAUUGUCCUUGUGCAGAGGCUUUCCCAGUGGCUCGUGGAGGUGGGUGCAGCCCUUGCUGGAGGAGGCUAAGCCUCUGCUGGGUGGGGAACCCUAGACUGCUCCCCAUGGGGAACCAGAUGCUUAGGGAGUUGCUGACUUGCACCUUCAGCUCAUUUUCUGGAGACACUUUGAGUGGGGCUAGCAGUGAGCAAACCACAGUCAGUUUGGUGGCUGCCUUAGGAAGCCACCUCAUGCUGGUGUUUCCUUUAACACAGUGCUGACGGUUGGGCAUGGUUGGCACUGGUCACCUCAGCCCUAUUUGCAGUGGAGAAUUAGGAUAAGUGCAAGUCCCAUGGUGAGGGGGUGACCGUAGCAAGGGACAGUCCAGGGGGACAUUCUAGAGGAUCACAGUGGUUCAGCCAGGGAAUGACAAAUUCAAGUUGUUCCUUAAAUCAACUCCGCAGAAAAUAUGAAUCUACCCAAAACAACAGACUUCUUAGGUGGUGGUGGUGCACGCCUUUAAUCCCAAUGUUUAGAAGGCAGAAGAAGCAGGUAGAUCUCUAUGAAUUGGAGGCCAGCCUGGUCUACAGAGCAAGUUACAGGACAGCCAGGGCUACUCUGGAAAACCUUGCCUCAAAAAAUAAAUAAAAUAAAAUAAAAUAAACAACAGCAAGUCAGAUUACCUUUGGAAGCAGAGGUGUAGGCAGAGGGGAGGGGAUGUCCUUGUUUAGUGCCUUGGACACCACAGGUUUCAGUGUAAGCACAGGUUUUGGAGUUUGGAUCCCUUGGGAAAGAGGUAGCCUCUUGAACAGAGAGGGGACAAACCGGGAAGAGAGAUGGAAGCCCAGGCCGGGUGUUUCCAGCAUCCUCCCCCACCCCCAUUAGGAUAAGCUCUUAGCUCAGUACAUUGCCAUUUCUUUCAAGUGAGGUAUCUUGUGAGGGAUGGAGAGAAAGGUGUCUGCAGAACUCUUUUUACAGGAGACAACACCACCUCUAGACAGAAUGUGAGUGGUGAUCCUUCCACGCCAGGUCCACCUGCAUGCCUACUCCCUUCCCCUAGGAGCAGAGAGAUUAGCAUACCCUGUGCCCAACCCCAGAAAGUUACACCCAAGGAAACUUGGUAACUACUUGGCCCAGACUGGAGGCCAGGGCUCACCUCCCGGAGGGUGUGUUCGUGGUGUGAAUUGCCAGUGUGUACAGUACCAGGAGAUAUUCCACACAUCCAAGAGAACGGACUUCCCCACGCCCUUUGACAUUUCUUCCAAAGCAUUUAUCGAUCGCAUGGUACAGAUGGCGCAGUCUGGGGCCCAUGUGUUCAGAUGGUGUCUUACUUACAGACCAUGGCUCUGUCUUUGUGCAGAGCACCACCACAGCUCUCUUUGUGUGCACUUUGAGACAAAUAAACCACAUUCUUCACAGUCUA